AUGUAUAACAAAGUAUUGAAUAAACAAGAAGAACAAAUAAAUGAUAAAGAAAUGAAAGAAAUACCAAGUACAACACAAAGACAUUUCUAUGAAUUAUUUAAAAGCUGUGAUGAAGAAGAGGUUAUUAAAAGAUUAGAAGAAUUAAAAAUAAUCCAAAUGAAAAAGAAGUCAGUUGCAUUAAGAGGUAAAGAAUAUGAAAUAAGUAAACCAAUAACUAUGAAAAUAGGAACUUCUAUAGACCAAUCAAAUAAUAUUGAAAUAUCAGGAAUAGGUGAAAUUAAUAAUUAUUUAGAAAGUGGAAUACAUGGAGAAAUUGCAAUGACAACAAGAAUGCAAGGAGGAAAAUUGACAAUACCUAAACCAUCAUUUAAUAUAGGAAUUCCUUAUUAUUUUAAUAAAGAGAUGCAUUUGUUUUCAAUGGGUAUUUGUCAUGAAGAAUAUGAAGAAACAUUUCCAUUUGUUCAUGAAGAGAAUAAUAUGUGUACAGAAAUUAAAUACCAGAGAAAAUACUUGAGUGUUACAUUUAGAGAAAGGUGUAAUAAAACUACAGCAAAAGCAGAUAAUAGUUUAGAAGGAAUUCCACAUGAAAUAAUUGAUGGAAGUAAUAAGAUGGAAUAUAGUAUUGAAACAACACUAAAAGGAAAGAAGAAGAAGAAAUGGAUUCACUUAGAGUAUUUAAUUAAAAAUAUGAUUGGAGUAUAUAAUGAGAAUUUAUUUAUGAAGCCAAACAUAAUAAUGAAAUUUAUUACAGAUGAAUGGAAAAGAUGUUGGUUAACAAGCCAAAUGCAUGUUGGAAUGAUUAUAAGUCCAAAGUGGGUUAGAAUGUCAGAAUAUUAUUAUUUAGGAGGAAAUGAAUUAAGAGGAUUUAGAAAUAGAGGAUGUCAUGGAGACAAAAAAGAAAAACAUUUAGGAGGAGAUUUUAUUGCAACGUUUCAAGAAAUGGUUCAUUAUAGACUUCCAAUUGGAAUAAAUACUAGUAUCUUUGGAUAUCUAAAUUUUGGAUUAUUAUCAUUUGCAAAAGUACAAGGAAAAAAGUGUUUUGAUUGUAUUAAUUCUAGUUGUGGAGUUGGGGUUUCUUUAAAUAAUAUUGAAUUUAAUUUUACAUACCCAUUAUUAUAUAAAGAAUAUGAUGAAAAGGUGUCAUUCCAAAUAACCACUUCAUUUUAA